AUGUUCUGCUUUCGUGGGAUCUUAAAUAGACAUGUUAUUCAAAGCACGCAACGGAUGCGUUUACACACUACCGUAUUCCGCAGUGCAAAGCUCGACAUGUCGAAGCUUACUAAAUCAGAGAUUAAACAACUUAGGGACAUGAGAGUGGCCAAAGAACGUGGAUUCAAGGAUAGAACUGCGGCUUAUUACUUUGCUAGUGUCGCAGUUUUAUUUCUAGGUCUUUCAUAUGCCGCUGUGCCCGUUUAUCGUGCCCUUUGUGCUCGUACAGGUUUUGGAGGUAUCCCGAUAACGGACAAGCGUAAGUUCACGGACGACAAAUUGGUCCCUGUGGACAUGGAUAAGCGUAUUAAGGUCUCAUUCACAAGUGAAGUUUCUCAAAUCCUUCCCUGGAAGUUCACUCCCCAGCAACGGGAGGUUCACGUCCUCCCUGGAGAAACCGCUCUCGCCUUUUACAAAGCGAAGAACACCAGCGACAAAGACAUCAUCGGUAUGGCUACCUACAGCAUUACUCCAGGUGAAGCUGCUCAGUAUUUCAACAAAAUACAAUGCUUCUGCUUUGAAGAGCAAAAGCUAGCAGCCGGAGAGGAAGUCGAUAUGCCAGUUUUCUUCUUCGUUGACCCUGAUUUUGCUACCGACCCGUCCAUGAGGAAUAUCGAUGAUAUUGUGUUGCACUAUGCUUUCUUCAAAGCGCAUUAUUCCAACGAAGCAACGAUCGAAGAUGGCAACCAUACUCUCGAGGUUGCACCAGCAUCCUAA